AUGUGCCGGUUGAGGGACUGUAGUGUAUGUGAAUGCCCAGAAAGUGAGUUUCCCGAAUCGUUUAAGAAGCCCCAUCGCUUCUCAAUGAAUGAUCUUGUUUGUCAAGAAGGUAAACCUCAGGCAGCUGUUGACCGUACUUUAGACAGUAAAGCUUUCAGAGGGUGGACAGAAAUAGACAAUCCAUGGACAAAUGAUGACGAGACUGACAAUGGUUCAUAUCUAAUUCUCAUAGUUGUUUAUCCAAUUAAUUAUGAGAUGACAUACGUGAAUCUUCAACUGAAUCCUGAAAGAUAUACUGGUUAUACUGGUCCGUCUGCAAGAAGGAUAUGGGAUUCUGUCUACUCUGAGAACUGCCCCAAAUUGAAAGAUCCAUCUCAAGAGUUAUGCCAGGAGGAGAAGAUUUUGUAUAAAUUGAUAUCCGGUCUUCACUCCUCCAUAUCAAUACAUAUAGCUGCUGAGUAUCUACUUGAUGAAGCUACAAAUUUGUGGGGGCAAAAUCUUACUUUGAUGUAUGAUCGAGUCCUAAAAUACCCUGAUCGUGUCAGAAAUUUGUAUUUCACUUUUCUCUUUGUGCUGCGAGCAGUAACCAAAGCUGCAGAUUAUCUGGAACAGGCAGAGUACGAUACAGGUAACUAUAAUGAGGACCUGAGGACACAGUCCUUGAUAAAGCAGCUACUUUAUAACCCCAAGCUUCAAGCUGCUUGUCCAAUUCCAUUUGAUGAAGCUAAUUUGUGGAAAGGCCAAAGUGGACCUGAGCUAAAGCAGAAAAUUCAACAACAAUUUAGAAACAUCAGUGCAUUGAUGGAUUGUGUAGGAUGUGAGAAGUGUCGAUUAUGGGGUAAGCUUCAGGUUCUUGGUCUUGGAACUGCACUAAAGAUUCUCUUCUCUGUUGAUGGUCAAGAAAACUCGAUUCAAACACUGCAGCUGCAAAGGAAUGAGGUAAUUGCAUUGAUGAACCUUCUCAAUCGACUUUCGGAAUCUGUCAAAUUUGUCCAUGAAGUGGGACCUGCAGCUGAUAGAAUCAUGGAAGGACAUUUUUCUGCUCAUACAACAUUGAUUAACUCAUUGAAAAGAAUUUGGUCCUUUGCAUCUAAAACUUAG